GGCAGGGAACCGUGCAGCCGCUCUUGUGUCUCGGCGGCGGCGGCGGCGGCGGCUGGGGGGACGGGGCAGGUCAGUGUGGCCGCCUGCCUUCUUCGUUUGUGUAGCUCCCCGCGUCUCUUCCCCUCUGCGAUUAUGGACUAGGGAAGAACUUGGAGCGGGCAGGCGCGGCGGUGCGCGGGGGGGCUGCGCUGCUGGGAGGCGGCGAAGGGAUCCCGUCCUGCCCCGAGCCAUCGACGCCGCUUCCCCUUCUCACUGUGCCGGAGAUGUCGGGCUGGGGCAGCCGGAGAACCGGCUCCUCCUGGCACAGCAGCUUCUCCAGGUUCUUCACCAAGAGCCCUCCCCGGGCCAAGGAGGAGCAGGAGGAAGGGGACAAGGCGCACCUCCAGGAGCCGGCCACGCACAGCUUUGCAAAUAAGGAAGAAGAAUCCAUCAGUGUGAAAAGUGAUAAAAAGGAAAGAACGCUUCUCCCUGAGCUGUUAAAGAUUUCUCAAAAUGCAGAGAAGAACCACUCCAUGGAAGAUCUAAGCAACUCUGUUAUCACAGAAGAAUUAAAAAAGGCUAAUAGCCUUCCCAGUUUGGCUCCUGGACGCAAAACAGCAGAUCGUGACAGACAACCCAAAGAAGGCUUUUUCCAGUUCCUUGGAAGCUUAUUUAAUAUUGGAUCAAAAUCUUCUUUGGGAGAAUCUAAACAGUCUACCCUCCGAGAUGGACACAACAGACCUGGAAAGGAUUUGCAUAACCCAACUGCCUUUCAGGAAGAUGGGAUCACAAAGCAUCGGAAAACUGAAAUAUUUGUCAUUUCUACUGCUGGAACAGAAGAGGUAGCAGUGCCUAAAGAAGAGCCUACCUUGGUUAAUAUCAGGGAGGUUGGCGCUCAGGAUUUACAUAGAGGACAAGAACAAGCUGCUGAUGCACUAAUGCAAACUGAAUGUAAGCCAGAUGCACCAGCAGUUACUUAUGCAACAUAUCGGGGUUCUGUACGGAUUAAGCAGCUACUAAAGAAACAAGCAGAGGAGGCACUAAGAAGAGAAGAAAAUACUGAAGGCAAACAUAUUUUCACUGUGACUGGAAAUGGAGAAGUCCAAACUGCUAUCCUUCCAAACUCACCAUCUAAUGUAAGCGUAGAAAUUACAGAACACAUGUCAAAAGAGAAUCAAAAGGAUGAUGCUAAAGAUGGCAAGGAAAAUGUUGAAGCAAACCUCUCUGCAGUUAAAAUGGAAUUGAAAAAAACAGAUGUUGCUAAGGAUAUCUUAGAUAGCAGUGAACAUGGAACAAUUGAAAACACCUCUGCCUCAUCCACUGAAACAAACUCCAACAGCAGUCACAUUGGAGAACUAGAUUUGUUUGUUUCCUUAAAUCAUGCUCCAGUUUCUGAUACACCAGAAGUUAAUAGAACUCAUUUUCUAGACUCAGUAUUGUCAGCCAGAGACAACAGUAGUUCCAAUUACCAGAUUAUGGAUUCUCUUAAAACAAAUUCUGGAAACAACAGCUUGGCUGAAAAGGGGGAGAGAACGUUAGAAGAAACAGAAGCUCAGUUUCAAUCAGACAAUAAUGCCACUUUUAGCUUUGAUAAAGGAAUAAAUUCUUGUGUUCAAGUAUCUCAUGAAGACUCUCAGGAGACAAUGCAAAAUGAUUGUGUGUGUUCAUCCAAAACAAAGAGAGGGGCAGUUGAUAAAGAACUACCAUUGAUAGAGGGUGAAUAUGCCUGUAAUAGUCAUAUUGGUAGUCAGUUGGCGCUAAAGUUGGAUGUCCAGAUGUCCCCCUUUAGUAGCACUGCAUUUCAACAUCAGGCAGAUGAGUGUGUAGAAAAUGCAAAUAAAGAUAGUGGUCCAAAGAUGGAUGAUUCAGAAAAAUAUGUGGUGGCUGAAGAAAGGGAGCAAGAAACACAAACCUGUCUAGCUAGUGUUCAUUUUCCUUUAAAUCAAGAAAGAUGUACUGAAAAGUUAUCGGAGGCUGUGAAGGACAUAAAAUUUUGUGGAGUCAAUAAAUUGAUGGUAAUAGACAGUCUACCCACUUCAGUGCCCUCUGCCAAAACUGUUAAAGAUACUGGCAUGGACAUAGUAAACAGUCCAGAUAUUAAACAGUUUAAUGAGUCAGGGAAACCAACACAUGUCCAAAAUGACCCCUCUGUAACUCUUGAGGGUGAAUCUAAGGAUAUCAAUACAGAGAACACUUCCGUACCUUCCCUUGAAUCUGAAGACGUUGAAACCACUAAGGUUUCAUCUAAGUCUGCAGAGGUAAAUGUUGCUGGCAUAUCUCCAUCAGCCAUUGAAUGUGGAAGUGUGAAGUCACAUUUGCCACCUCCUAUCGUAGAAUCUGAAGAUGCCAACCUUAGCAAAGCUAUAACACCUGUCAGUAUCGCCAAGAUUUCUCCUCCAGUCCCUGACAUUGAAGAUGGUAGCUUGGCUAAUAUUCCUUCUCCUAUCCACAGAUCUGAAGAUGAAACCAUGGCCAAAAAAGCAACCAACGUACAAGAUGUUAAAAAAAACAACAUUUCUCCCCCUGAUCAUGUGCGUGAAAAUAGCAUGCCUCUUAAAUCUGAAGGGAUGACCCUCCCCAACAACGUAGUUUCUGCCAGGGUGCCCAACCUUACUACUCCUUCCCUUAAAACUGGUGAAGUCUUUGUAGCCAAAACAUCAGUUUUAUCCACAGAGGAUAAUAGGUCAAAGAAUACUUCUCAAACCCAUGAAACCAGAGAUAAGAGGGUAGAGGAGAUUGUUCCUAAAACUGUGAAUGCCAAUAUGACCAAUAUUUCUCCUCCACCCUCUCAGUCUAAAGAAAUCUGUUUCUCUAAGCUUUCCUCUCCUGCUCUUAAAUCAGAAGUGAAUACCUUUUUUGAGGUUCCUCAUUCUCCCCUGGGGUCUGGAAAGGAUGCUUUGACCAAUCAUUCUUCUGUCUUUGAAAAGGGUGCCGGUUUGGAGGUUAUUUCAGUGACAACACCUAAUUCUGAAGAUAGCAAUCUGGUGAAGAUUUCUGCUAAACAGGAAAACAGUAACAAGUCUAAGACGGGACCUGCCAUACUUAAUUCUAUAGACUUCAGCCAGUGCAAAAUACCUUCUUCUGCUUCUAAAUCCGAAAAUGUCCAAAUUGCCAAAUUAUCGGUUACGUCUGACAAGGUCAGUGAAUCCAAAUGCGCUUUUCUUGAAGGUGAUACACCUAAGAUGGUGGCUUCUUUCUUGGAAAAUGGAGAUGUCAGUGCACCUACAGUUAUUUUUCCUGCACUUGAAAAUGCAGAUGUCAGUAUGACUCAGAUUUCACCUUGCUCUGAAGACAUCAGUGCUAAGCAUAAAUCUUUUCCCCUAGAAUCUGAUGUCAUUUUAGCUGAAAGUGACUAUUCUACUCCUAACUCAGAGGAUAUUUGCAUUCCCAAGCUUCCUUCUCCUACUCUGAAGUCUAAAGAAAUCUCCAAGCUUUGUCGUUCUUCCCUUGAAACAGCAGAUGGCUUGGACAGUAUUAAUUUCCCUAUUGUUGAGUAUGAAGUUGUUAAAAAGGGCAAAAUUUCAUCCAGAUUUAGAGUUAAUGAUGAGACUGAUUAUGUACCUCCAGAUGUACCUCCUGCCCAAAAGCUUGAAGAUGUCUGGUUAACCAAAUCCAUAACAUCAACUACCUGUCCUUUGGAACUUGUGGAAGUGAGUUCUAGUGUAGACUAUACUAAGGAUGUGCACAAAAUUCCUACAGAGCAAGUAAAUCUUUGCGACCAUAUUCCUGCAAUGACAAAAAAACGAGCUAAAAUGAAUGAUCACACGGCUUCGUUUACGAAAUCAAGCAACGUCUGUUCUCAGAAAACAUGGGAAGAUAUGGAAACAGGAAAGCAAGUGCACACUGAAUCCCAAGACACUGCUCUAUUUAAAAAGGCUGAAGAAAUCGUUGAUGCGGUUUUACACUUGGCCAUAGAAGAAAUAAGAUCAAAACAAGCAGCUGGUGUCUAUCAGCCUUGUGGCAACAAGGACAGUUUAAUAAAGCUGGAUAUCCUAAAAGAACAGAAAACUGGAAAGAUACAGUUGGAAGCAAAAGUAAAACAUUUUAAUGAGAGCUAUGCAGGAAGCUCCUCUGAAGUUAAAGGAAAGGAAACAGUUGCUACAAAUACUCAGGCUGAAAAGAUACCAUUUAACAUCACUCAUAAAACUGACCUACAUAGUUCAAUAGCACUAAAAGCAAAAGAAAUAAUUGAUGAAGUUAUUAACUCAGCCAAACAAAAACUGAUGUUUAAUCAGCUUGAAAACAGUGAGAGUAAGAGCCCUUCUAAAAAUGUUGUGCUUAAACAUAAGGCUGGAUUCUCAGAGACUCUAAACACUGAUGUUCAAUUAGCUGCCAAAACUCAAGAAAUAAUCAAAGAACCCUUGGGUUUAAACCAAAUAGGCAAGGAAUUGACCCAGAAUGUUGCUAGGGACUGUGAAAAAUCAGGCUGUUCAGUUCCUUUACUUCUAAAUAGUGUAGAAGGCAGCACAGAUUUGACCAUAGGAGGAGAAACGGUACCAAAUAAUGUACUUUCACAUCAAAGAAAUGGACUUCUACAUUCUGAUGAUUUAGCAAGUCUGGAAUCUGACCUUGCAAUAAUAGCAAAAGAUGAAUGCUCUAAAACUGUCUAUGAUAGUACAGUUAUGACAGAAAUUGGUGAUAAAACUAGCAUUUGGACAGCUAGCAAUAAAUCUGAGGAGACUUUACAUGUAUUAAAUGGAGAUACUGUUAUGAUUGAAGAGAGGAUGCCACCAUUACAGUUAAAAGAUUUGUGCAAUAAUACAAAUGUGCCAGAACACACAUCAAUGCCAAACUUGACUUUUAAUUCAUCAUCUUUCCUGCAUGAUGAAGACUAUACCUGCAUACCUAGCAAAUCCAAAGAUGAAAGUAGUCUUUCAGGUUUAGACAAAAGUUGUGCAGGUAAAUGUCUGCCAGAACUUUGUUGCAAGGAGGAGGAUUCUGUGUUUGUACAGGAAAAAGCAAACCCAAAAGAUUCACAAGCUGACAGUGAAGAAGGCAGUGGAAAAACAGAGGAAGCAAAUGAGAUACCGCAGGAUAAAAACAGAUUAAACACACAGUUCAUUGUGUCUGAAUCAUCUGUAACCGUUAAGGACAUUGAAGGGAAAAUUUGUUUCAACUCAGAUUUUGCCAAUAAAGAUGAGACACUGAAAUCAACACUGAUGAUGGAUCAAGAUUUACAAAGAGAUAACACACUUGGAGAAGAGUGUCUGAAUAAUAAUAAUGAUACAGAGGAACUGACAAAUCUCUUAGUCUUUUCUCCACAAGAUGAACAGUGGGAAAGCAGUUCUUUAUUUACCGUAUUGUACGAUGGCUCCCCUCAAGAUGAGAACCAGUUCGUUUCAACUGACAAAAAGCAAGUUCACUCCAUCUCUCCUCCUGACCUGUCUCUGGAUAAUAUUGAACAUCUUUUGAUGUGUGAAACAGCAAAGAGCAAAUAUGAGCCUGUCGAUGCUUAUGAAAAGGACAACAAAUUAAAUGAAACAUUAGAUAACUGCAGCUCAGAGUCAUUUAUGACAGUGGAGGCAAAGCGGUUUAAAAUUUACCCGUUCUCUUUGUCUCCUAUAUAUGAAGAUGACAGCCCACAAGAAGACCAGCUGUCUAUUGAUGUCUCACCAGGAGACCAUUCUAAUGGAAAAUCCAAAGACGAUGCCAACCAUUCCUCAUCCGUCUUGUCACUUCUUCAGUCAGUUUCUGAGCGUUUGAAAUUUAGUAACCAGUUCAGUGAGGAGGAUGAGGAGGAAUCUUAUGAAGAAAACAUGAUAGAUGUUAAGAAAGAAGAUUCUAUUAUGAGCCAGUGGGCAGGCAGCUCAAACAUGGUGCUUCUAGAAAAUGACCAAGAAAGGGCUCCACUUUCCAAACAGUCACUCAUGUAUUCAAAAGAACCGCUUCGCUCUAGACAGCAAUCAGAGCCAUUUCCAGAAGAAGCAUGUCUUUUUCCUAAUCCGACACAUUCUACUCAGUUUCAACAGAAAGCUGAUGCUGCCACGAAACCUCUCUCUAGGAGUGUGUAUUACCAGUAUUUUCAGACAGCCAGCAAUUAUUCGUGUGAGAAGGGAGUCAGAUUUGGAAGUGUCCUUCAGGAUGGAUUAUUGCCAAGGGGUCAUAAGCCUCAAGACAAUAAUUUGCCAGAAUCAGGAGCUUUUCCAGUGAAUCUUAUUGACAGGAAAAGCCUCAAAAGCAAUCCCAGACCAGGAAAAAUGAUUAUUUAUGACAUUCCUGGGGAGAAAAGUAAACGAGAAAUAUACCAUGAUCUACCAGAUGCCACAUCCUGGAUCUUUCCAAUAGGAACAUUGCUUAGAGUUAUUAGAGGAUGCUGGAUUUUGUAUGAAAAACCAAAAUUUCAAGGAGAGAAAUAUGUGCUAGAAGAAGGAGAAAUGGUCCUGAAUAGUCUUUGGGAUCUUCGGGACAUGAAACGCCAUCCAAGGAACCUUGCAGUUGGUUCUAUCAAACACGUAACAAAGGAUUGCAGCAUUCCAGAAAUAGAGUUUUGCCCGCAAGCUGGAACAGAGGGGUUUCCUGUCUGCAUUCAGAGUGAAGUUGCCAAUUUAGAAGAACUGGAUGUUAAAAGCACCUUUUACAUAAUUGUCAAGUCAGGAGUAUGGCUUGCCUAUUCAGACCCUAAUUACAAAGGAGAUAUGCUAGUUUUGGAAGAAGACAACUCACCAUCUGAAAUUUCUGCUGCAGAUGUGAAAUCUCUGCGUCCUCUAAAAAUGGGUGGACUAAAGGUACAAAUGCCUAUGAAUGUUAAGAUAGUAAUAUAUGAGAAAAAAGAUUUUGGAGGAUGGGCCAAAGAGCUUUCUGGAAACACUGAUGCUGUCCCAGCACUCUUUAGAAGUGAUGAGGAUUUCCAGGGAAUUGGAUCAAUACGUGUCAUUGGUGGAGUAGAGAUCAGCAGUGAAAUAGCUAACAAUGACAUUACAGUUGUCCUCAAGGUUUCCAAGUUAACUUCCAGUAAAAAGACUGGGAUGGAUUUCAUAGAGUCAUCAGUCAUGCUUUUUGAGUCAGAUGAAGAAGAUGGAACGGUCAUGGUCAAUCAAGAUAUUCCUGAUUUGGAGCAGGCUGGGUUUGGCCAGGAGAUGAGAUCAAUUCAUGUGAAAAGUGGAGUGUGGGUUGCAUAUCAGCAGAAAUAUUUCUGUGGAGAACAAUAUAUACUGGAAAAAGGAAAAUAUAAAUGCUUUUUAGACUGGGGAGGAUCCAAUGAAACCAUCAUGUCAAUUCGUCCCAUUAAGCUGGAACCACUUGGAAAGAAUGAGCCUCCACAUUUGCUCAAAGCUUUCAGUAACACACAUUUCCAAGGAGCAUGUGUAGAUUUCACAGCAGAAGUUUCUGAUUUUACAUCAUUCAUACCAUGUUCUUUUAAGGUUCUUCGGGGAUGUUGGCUCCUGUUUUACCAAGGGGAAAUUGCUGAGAAUCAUUGUGUGCUGGAAGAAGGCCUCUACACUGACCUCACUUCCUGUGGCUGUCCAACAGCUAUACUCAAAUCCUUCAAGCCUGUGGAAUAUGUUUUUGCUGAGCCUUCCAUCAGUCUGUUUGCACUGGAACGUUGCGAGGGCAGAGAGUUGCACUUCAAAGAAGCUGUCAAUUCUGUUCUAAACAAGGACCUUCACUUUUACACCGAGUCCGUAUGGGUGAGAAGCGGAUUGUGGAUUGCAUACGAAGGAGGAAAUUUCUCAGGAAAACAAAUUCUGCUAGAACCCAGCAAGAUUUCAAACUGGACUGAAUUCAGUGGCUGGAGCAUAAUUGGCUCCCUUCGUCCUAUGAAGCAGCCGGCAGUUUACUUCAGAAUAAAGAACCGAGCCCAGGAUAAAUACUUGACAGUCACUGGAAACCUAUCAGAUGCAAGAGCUACUUCAGUGUGUGUUUCUUCAUACAAUGGCAAGAAUACCCAGAUCUGGCACUACUGUCAUGGACUCUUCAAAUCCAAGGCUAUUGCUGCAUGUCUUGAUAUUGUCAGUGGCAGAGACCUACCUGGAGCUAAAGUAGCACUGUGGACAGAACAUGGAAAGGCUAGGCAGAAGUGGAGACUCAAUAAGGAUGGAACCAUCAGUUCGUACCUCAGUGAUCAACUGGUUCUCGAUGUCAAAGGAGGAAAUUAUUAUGACAAGAACUACGUAAUUGUAAAUCACCCCCUGGAGAGUGAAUUCUCACAGAAAUGGGACAUUGAAAUAUUGUGAGUAAAACCACUACAAAGAUCCUGGGAAUAUGGACCUAAGUGUGUUAUGAACACUCUGUUUGAGAGAAGGAACUACUGAAGUCACAUGCCACUGGAAUGUUACUCAGCAAGUCCACCCUACUUCUUCCUAGUAGACACUGACUCCCAAACAAUUGAGUUUUGCACAUUGGCAAGGUGAGGUUAAUGUAAUGUUUUUUUUCUAAUAUUCACACAUGACUCCAUGUUGAGGUCUUCCUCUUCUUAAGACACCAUUUUAAGUCUAAAUUCCUUUAACAUUCACUAGUCCUGUUAAUCUUUAAGUGAAGGCAAAGAUAUGAUACAGUAGCAAAAACUUGGCAGUUUAUUUCUAAAUAGCCUUUCCUGUGUCACCUUUUAGGGUAUAAUAUGAACUAGAUUUUCCUUUCUCCUCAAAAGUUAAAGGAGACGCUCUGCUGAUUUAGGAUCAAAUUUUAAUCACAAAAAUCAUCUCGCUACAAUACACUUUAGUCUGUUCUAACCAAGCACUGGAAUUCCAAAUCAUUGGCCACCUGGGUAAAAUUAAGCCCUUAUCUGAAGAAGUAUUGCAUUAAACCAUAAUAGUUUUUGGAUUCAUGGGCCUGUCUCCACCCAUCAGGUGCCAGCCCAGAAAGUAGACUUUCAUAUACAGGUAGACAGUCGUACAUGCAAACCUAUACUAGAUCAGGCUAGCUUUCUAGAAGGAUUUGUUGAGUAUAGAGGUUAAAUUAAUGCAAUACAUUUUGGUCUUAAAACCACAGUAUAUUCAAUAGCACCUUUACAAAACAAAUCUAUCUUGUAUGUGUGCUAACAAUACCUUGUGCUGCGGCAAGGUUAAACCUGAUGCAUGCUAAUGUCCGUGAGGCUCAUCAGCAUUGUAUACCUCAGCUGAAGCAAUUGCUCAUUCUUUAGGAAAAGACCUGAAGAUGCUGGUGACUUCCAGAAGUACACCCUUCAGUGAAAUCUCAAUGCUAUGCAACAUUUUUUCCAGUUAAUAAAGAACAUAUUUGCAUUUCAUUUCUGAGGGAAAAGUGUUAACUAUUUAUGUGAGGCAGAUUGUAUUAAGAGGGCUUCAUGGUUUUUGGUUUAUUCUUUCACGCAUUGGAGAAAAGUGUUUAAAAUUCCAUUAUGUAGUUCCCCUAGAAGUGGAGUCAUCCUAAAUGCAGUUCAAUAUGUAAUGCUUUCUAAGUGAGGUAUCUUCUCUGGCUCGUGUGUUUUUUGUAUUGAUUAUUAAACUAUGAAAGGAGGAGUACAGAUUAGCUAAACCAAAACGUGAACGAUUGUAUUAUUUCCUAUAGCUAUUUUGUGUUAAUGGCUCAUCCUUAAAGCCAAAUUUUUGCCACAGAAAAGUGAAACAGGUGUAAGAUUAUUUUUGUAUAAGGGAGAAUUCUAGAGUGAUAUAUUUUGAAUACCUGUACCUACUUGCACUUAUUUACUUUUACAUUCUAAAAGCCAAAAUCAAAUACAGAUCUGUAAGUGACUAGGUUUGUGACUGUAUAUAUUUUCUCACUAAAGCACUUGUAUAGAUUUUUCUAUGAAAGUCUGUCAAUAUACUACAUAAGUUUUAAAUAUGAUUUGUGCUUUCUAGUUGUAAUAUAAUCCCUUUUCCCUCAAAACAAUGAGUAGAUCACAGCUGGUGUAUCAGUGUUAUAUAAUAAAGUAAAGCAUGUAUAUUUUAA